AUGCCCAAGUACGCCAAAAACCAGUCUGUCGGCUUCAAGAACAACAUCGAAAGAGUCGCUAUUGUUGGUGCUGGCGGCACAAUUGGAUGGAACAUUACCAAUGCCCUUCUCCAGACCGGAAGACACACAGUCACAGCUCUUUCUCGCAAAGACAGUGGCAACAAGCUGCCCGAGGGCGUCCUAGUCGCCCCAGUCGACUACAACGACGAGGCCACCAUUGUUACCGCCCUCAAGGGCCAGCAAUUCCUCAUCAUAACCAUGGCCCCGACUGCCCCCAAGGACACCCACAGCAGACUUGUCCAGGCGGCCGCCAAAGCUGGUAUUCCGUACGUGAUGCCGAACGGGUACGGCGCCGACAUUGACAACAUCCAACUCGGCAAGGACACGCUGCUAGGGCCCGUGGCCAAGGCUAACAGGGACGAGAUUGAAAGACUCGACAUGCAGUGGAUCACAGUGUGCUGUGGGUUUUGGUACGACUACAGCUUGGCAGGCGGCAAUGCGCGGUUUGGGUUCGACUUUGACAGGCGUUCCCUGACAAUCUACGACGAUGGCAAUACCAAGAACUCUACUUCAACGCUAUCGCAGGUAGGGCGCGCUGUGGCCAAGGUAUUGAGCCUAAGAGAGCUGCCCGAGGACGAAAAUGAUACAAGCCUUACUCUGUCCACGUUCCUUAACAAGGGUGUGUACAUUAAGAGCUUUGUGGUCAGCCAAAACGACAUGUUUGAGAGUGUCAAGCGCGUCACUGGUACUACUGAGGCUGACUGGACGAUAACUCAUGAGGACACCAAGAAGCGAUACGAGGAUGGUCUGGCUCAAGUUAAAGUCGGCAACAUGGCUGGAUUUAGCAAGAUGCUGUACGCAAGGACGUUUUUCCCGGAUGAUUCCAAUGAUAUGACGGAGAAGACACAGAAUGAGCUGCUUGGAUUGCCGGAAGAGAGCCUGGAUGAGUCUACUAAGGCUGGGAUAGAUUUAGUCAAGGAGCUGCAGCUUCGUGUUGAGCGCAUGGCGUCCUAG